ACAAUUGAAACGCAAUUAAAGUACACAUCACGUAGAGAAAAACACAAUUUAAGUUGAACAAUUUCUCACUGAUAAUACUCUAAAUUUAAAGUUUCAAAUUGUAUUUCUCAUCGUUUCCACAACAGGUUAUCUAUCACAUUGCGCAAUUUUACUCAUUACAAUUUUGCAAUAUUUCGCAAUAUUUUAGUAAUUAAUUUUGAUUUUUGUUCCGCAAACUUUCCUCAUAUAUUGUUUGAACAUUUUUGACUAAUAAUGUAAAAUAUUUUCUAUAAAUUCCUGAACAUUCAUUUCUAAAUUACCUAAACUCCGUCUAUUGAAUCUCUGCGUCUCUUGUCUAAAAAUCGAUAAAAAAUGACUGAUCGUGACCUGCAAAUAUAUGAAUUGGAAGCAUUGGAAAGUGUUCUAAGAGAGAAGAAACUGGCGAAAUCCAGUGAUUGGAGUGAUAAGAAUGCUGAAAUCCAGGGAAUUAUUGAGGUCGGAUUUGACAACUUAUACGAUCCAACAGUCACAAUUGAAGGAACAUCUGACUCCGGCGAUCAAUUUCAUCUUCCUCUUGACAUUCUUCCUCCAAUUCGACUAAAAUUCCAUCUUCCAAAUGAUUAUCCCACCGUAUCAUCACCAAAACUUGAACUGGAAAGUUAUUGGAUGAAUCAGGAACAAAUGACAUCUUGUGAAACCGAGUUGGCAAAGAUUUGCGAGGAAAACCAGAUGAUGGAGGUGCUUUUUAUGUGCUACCAGACAAUAAUUGAUUUGAUGGCCCAGAACACUCCGAAAAUUAUAAAUUUGAACGAGGCAUGUGCACUGAACAGACAAGGAGAGACUAUCGAAUCUCUGAAAAUGAAAAUACUACAGAAAGAAGAGGAAGCUGUUGAAGAACAGUUUGUUAAUACCCUCUACGAUUGCCAAGUAUGCUUCGAAUCCCAAAUGGGACAGCACUGCAUAAAGUUCCAGCCAUGUUCUCAUGUUUUCUGCAAAUCCUGCACUUUCAACUAUUAUAUUUCUAUUGCCAAGGGGUUUGUGUCGAAACCAAUGUCAUGUCUAGCAGAAGGAUGUGAAAAUGAAGCCCAACAGGGUAUGGUGCAAGAGGCUCUAGGAGAGGAGCUGUUUGCAAAGUAUGAAGCUCAUAUGCUAGAAAAAGCAAUUCGAGAAAUGGAUGAUUCAAUGGAAUGUCCAAAUGAAAAUUGCCAAAUGGUGGCUUAUCUAACUGACAGCCAACGCAACCUUGUUGAAUGCUCCUAUUGCAAUUAUUCUUUCUGCAAUUUGUGCAAAGGAACGUUCCAUGGAGUCUCAAGGUGUAAAUUUAGAAAAGAAGACGAGGAGAGAAUAAUGAAAGAAUGGAAUGAAGCAGAUGAAGCAGGAAAAGAAGAAAUGUAUAAACGGUAUGGAGAGAAGAACAUGAAGGCUCUGGAGGAACGAUUCCUUAAUCGUGGAUGGCUGGAGGAGAACAGCAAGCAGUGUCCGAAAUGUUUAGUGUACAUUGAGAAGGACGAAGGAUGCAAUAAGAUGCAUUGUACAAAAUGUAAUGCCUCGUUCUGUUGGUUGUGCUCUAAAACUCUGAAUAAUGUGGAUCCAUACAGUCAUUACUCGGAGAAGGGAUCUUGCAACGGACGUUUAUUUCAAGGUACUUGGGUAGAUGAAGAAGUGGAUGAGUUUGACUGGGAAUAAAAAUGGGUCUCAUCACGGUUUUAAGUAAUUCAUAUCUUUAGUUGUUAUUAUUUUUCGUUUGAAUAUGUUUUGUUAUAUUAUACAUAAUGUAUCGCAAUGAUAAUUCGAAUUUUUUGUAAAUAAUAAGUUAUAAUUUUCCUAUUCGCAAUUAACAAUUUCACAAAAUGAAUGAUUGAAGGAAAGUUU